AGUGCGAUUGACAACUGUCUGAAAGUCUCCAGUUAUUAUUAAAUUGUUUAUAGAAUUAAACAAUAUAAACAUUUAAAUGAGUACUAAAAUGUAAAGUGAAAAAAAAUCGAAGAAUGUGAAUCAAUUUAAACAUAAGGAGAGAGGAAAGGAAAGACUGUUAAGUAUUCCUAACCUCUAAUAUGAAAAAUUUAUUCGAAAAUUUUUUAAUAUAUAAAAUUUAGUACUUAUAAACUAAUAAUCGAGUAUAAAAGAGAUAAGUAGCUUUUAUUUCAAUAAGUCGUUUAAUUAGCAAAAUAAAAUGGAUUCAGACGAAGAGAACGAUAGGGAUGAUGGAUCUAUCAACAUGACUGGUUUUAUGUUUGGAAAUAUUGAUAAAAAUGGCGAAUUAGAGGAUGAUAUUCUUGAUUCUGAAGCAAAACAACAUCUUGCUUCUUUAAGUCAUUUUGGAAUAAGUUCACUUUUACAAGAAAUGUUAAUGGAUGAUAUUGAUACCAAAAAAUCAAAUGAAGAUGACAGUGAUAAUAAAGAGGAAAAAGAAAGUGAAAAAGACAAUAUUGUUACAAGUGAUAAAGAAGAUGAUUAUCAGGAAAAAUCACCAUCAGCUUUUGAUUUUUCUGACAUUAAUGAAUUAGCCGAUGAUAAUUGUGAAGAGAAUACAAACGAAAUGUUUGAUAAUAAGAAACGAACAGAGAAAGAAAAUUCGGAUUACGAUGCAGAUGAUGAGGAACCGUUUAAUAAAUCCGAUACACAAUUAAUGCCACCGCCACCAUUGCCAGAUGAAAAAGAAAUUUUAACACCCGAAGAGGCGGAAGCUGUUAGAAGACGAAAAUUAGAAACACCACUUGCAUCAAUGCUACCAUCAAAAUAUGCAAAUAUUGAUGUAACUGAAUUGUUUCCCGAUUUUCGGGCAAAUAAAGUUUUACGUUUUUCCAAACUUUUUGGUCCAGGAAAACCGAGUAGUUUGCCACAAAUUUGGCGUGGUGUUAAAAAACGUAGGAAAAAGAAACGUCAUCAAGAGAUUAGAGAUUCUGAUUCUGGUUCGGAUCAAGAGUCAAGAAAAUCUAAAUUUAAAGGAUGGGUUAUGCAGUAUGGACCAGAACCAUCAGCGGCUGAAUGUCGAUCAGAUGACGAGGAGAAGCUAUUGAAACCAGUUGAAGAUAAGGAACAAUCGGGAAAAUCUGGUGAAUUUGUCGAAAAUGGCGAUAUGGGUCCAAAAGUUGCCGAUUGGCGUUUUGGUCCAGCACAAAUUUGGUACGAUAUUCUUGGAGUACCGGAAACUGGAGAUGGUUUUAAUUAUGGAUUUAAAACAGCCGAAAAGGAAGAACAACAAGAGGAAGAAGUUGUAAAAGAGGAAUUUGCUGACGAUGCAUUUUUGAUGGUUUCUCAAUUGCGUUGGGAAGAUGAUGUGGUAUGGAAUGGAGAAGAGAUAAAACAUAAAGUAAUGCAUAAGUUGAAUAGUAAAAAUAAUGCAGCUGGUUGGGUUCCAUCGAGUGGAAAUAGAACAGCUCAAGCUUUUAGUCAACCUGGAAAAGGAGCUCCAGUUCCAGUUGCACCAAAUGUUCGUCUAGCUACACAAAUAAUGGCGCCAUCGCAAAAGAAUAAAUUGCCACUUUCAAAGGGUGCUCAGCAAAUAAGAGAGGAAAAUUACGACGACACAUGGUACUCGAUAUUUCCAGUGGAGAAUGAAGAACUUGUUUAUGGUCUUUGGGAGGAUGAAGUUAUUUGGAAUGCGGAGAGUAUGAAAAAAAUUCCCAAACCAAAAAUAUUGACACUUGAUCCAAACGAUGAGAAUAUUGUUCUUGGUAUUCCGGAUGAUAUUGAUCCGGCUUUGCUUCAUAAAGAACAUGGACGUCAGCCAAAGGUUAAAAUUCCCCAUCCUCAUGUGAAGAAGAGUAAAUUAUUGUUGGGAAAAGCCGGUGUGAUUAAUGUCCUUGAAGAGGAUACUCCACCACCUCCACCAAAAUCACCGGAUCGUGAUCCAUUUAAUAUUUCAAAUGACACUUUCUAUUUGCCACGUUCUUCGGAAACUACAUUGAGAUUAAAAGUCGGUGGUGGAAAUAUAAUUCAACAUAGUACUCCCGUUGUUGAACUACGUGCACCAUUUGUGCAAACCUACAUGGGACCAAUGCGAUUAAGAAAUUUUCAUCGUCCUCCAUUGAGACGUUUUAGUCACGGACCACUUGCACACGCGGGUCAUCAUCCCGUUUUACCGCUAUUGAAGCAUAUUAAAAAGAAAGCAAAACAUCGUGAACAGGAGAGAUUAGCCUCAGGUGGUGGUGAUGUUUUCUUUAUGAGAACACCCGAGGAUUUAACUGGUCGUGAUGGAGAAAUUGUUCUCAUUGAAUUUUCCGAAGAACAUCCACCAUUGAUAAAUCAAGUUGGUAUGUGUUCGAAAAUGAAGAAUUAUUAUAAAAGAAAAGCUGGUAAAGAUCAAGGGCCACAAAAAUAUAAAUACGGUGAAACAGCAUACGCUCAUACGAGUCCAUUUCUUGGUAUUCUCACACCCGGUCAAAGUAUACAGGCAAUUGAAAAUAAUAUGUAUCGUGCACCAAUUUACGAGCAUAAAAUUCCAUUUUCCGAUUUUCUUGUAAUAAGAACACGUCAUCAAUAUCAUAUUCGUGAAAUUGAUGCACUUUUUGUUGCCGGACAAUUGUGUCCACUUUACGAAGUACCGGGACCAAAUUCAAAACGAGCAAAUAUCUUUGUACGUGAUUUUCUUCAAGUUUUUAUCUAUCGUUUAUUUUGGAAAUCAACGGACACACCACGACGAAUUAGAAUGGACGAUAUUAAAAAAGCAUUUCCAUCGCACAGCGAGAGUAGUAUUCGUAAAAGAUUGAAAUUAUGCGCCGAUUUUAAACGUACGGGAAUGGAUUCAAAUUGGUGGGUUAUUAAACCGGAAUUUCGUUUACCAUCAGAGGAGGAAAUAAGAGCAAUGGUAUCGCCUGAACAAUGUUGCGCUUAUUUUAGUUUAAUUGCCGCUGAACAGAGAUUAAAAGACGCGGGUUAUGGGGAAAAAUUUUUAUUUACACCACAGGACGAUGACGAUGAGGAAAUGCAAUUGAAAAUGGAUGAUGAGGUUAAAGUUGCACCAUGGAAUACAACACGUGCUUAUAUUCAAGCAAUGAAAGGGAAAUGUUUAUUACAACUUGCGGGUCCAGCAGAUCCAACUGGAUGUGGUGAAGGUUUCUCAUAUGUUCGUGUUCCAAAUAAACCGACAAUUAGUAAAGAAGAACAGGAAGCACAACCAAAACGCACUGUCACUGGUACCGAUGCGGAUUUGAGAAGAUUGUCCCUAAAUAAUGCAAAAGCAUUGCUUCGUAAAUUCGGUGUUCCUGAAGAGGAGAUUAAAAAACUUUCCCGUUGGGAAGUAAUUGAUGUGGUACGAACAUUAUCCACUGAGAAAGCAAAAGCCGGUGAGGAAGUAAUGACAAAAUUCUCACGAGGUAAUCGUUUCUCAAUUGCAGAACAUCAGGAAAGAUAUAAAGAAGAAUGUCAACGUAUUUUCGAUUUACAAAAUCGUGUCCUAGCCUCGUAUGAAGUUCUCAGUACCGACGAGGGCGAAAGUUCCGAGGAAGAUAGUUCCGAUAUUGAGGAAAUGGGUAAAAAUAUUGAAAAUAUGCUGUCGAAUAAAAAAACAAGUACACAAUUGUCACUCGAAAAAGAGGAACAACAACGUCAUGAAUUGCGUAAAAUGUUAAUGGACGAGAAUCAAGAGCAAGAUAAAAAGAAUCGUGAGAAGAAAAAAGAUGAUGAGGAUGAAUCGCCAGUGAAUAAUUUAGCGCAGCCAGGACGUGUAUUAAAAAUUUAUCGUACAUUCCGUAAUCCUGAGGGUAAAGAAUUCACGCGAGUUGAAACUGUUCGCAAACCGGCUGUUAUUGAUACAUAUUUAAAAAUUCGUAAUUCCAAAGACGAGACAUUUAUCAAACAAUUUGCAAUAUUGGACGAGGCACAAAAGGAGGAAAUGAAACGUGAAAAACGACGUAUACAGGAGCAAUUGAGAAGAAUUAAACGUAAUCAAGAACGUGAACGAAUGUUGGCGGGCAAUUCAAAUACACCAUUUAGUUCGGCAAAUUUACUUGAUCGAAGUAAUUCCAGUACACCAUUAACAUCCAAUGCCAGUAUCCUUCCAUUAUCAAAUUUUCCUUCUUCUACUCUUACUCCUAAAUCUAUUAGAUCUGAUACAAGUACACCAAGACGUAAAAAACCUAAACUUAAACCAGAUUUAAAAGUUAAAUGCGGUGCUUGCGGUAAUGUAGGGCAUAUGCGUACUAAUAAAGCUUGUCCCCUUUAUCAGAAUGGUACAGCGACAACAACUCCAGUCAAUGUGGCAAUGACCGAGGAACAGGAAGAAGAAAUCGAGAAACAACUCAAUACCGAUGAUCAGGAUCUUGUCAAUGUCGAUGGAACUAAAGUGAAAUUAUCCUCAAAACUUAUAAAGAUUUUGGAAUCUCAGCACGCAGAGGAAAUGAAGAAACGCACCUUGCUGUUGAAAGUACCAAAGGAUGCUGUAAAUUCAAAGAAACGAAGAAGAAUAACUGGUGAUGAGCAUUGUGAUUAUUUGAAAAGACAACAAAGGCCAGCAAAUAGAAGAAGAACAGAUCCUGUGGUUGUUAUGUCAACAAUGCUUGAAAAUAUUUUGAACGAGAUGAGAGAUUUACCGGAUGUACAACCAUUUUUGUUUCCUGUCAAUGCGAAGUCUGUACCAGAUUAUCAUAAAAUUAUUGAAAAACCAAUGGAUUUACAAACAAUAAGAGAUCAUUUACGACAGAAAAAAUAUCGUAAUCGAGAAGAAUUUCUUGCGGCUGUUAAUCAAAUUGUGGAAAAUUCAGCAAUUUAUAAUGGAAGAAAUAGUUCAUUGACAGUGGCGGCAAAACGAAUGUUAGAUAUUUGUGUUGAAAGACUUCGUGAAAAAGAAGAUCGAUUAAUGAGACUUGAAAAGGCAAUAAAUCCUCUACUUGAUGAUAAUGAUCAAGUUGCACUUUCAUUUAUUCUCGGUGAUGUUAAUAAUAAACUUAAAUCAAUGCAAGAUUUAUGGCCAUUUCAUAAGCCAGUCAGUAAAAAAAUGGUUAAAGAUUAUUAUAAUGUAAUUAAAAAACCAAUGGAUCUUGAGACAAUUUCGAGAAAAAUUGCAGCUCACAAGUAUCAUAGUCGUCACAGUUUUCUCCGAGAUAUAGAACAAAUUCUUGAGAAUUGCCGACGAUACAAUGGAAAUGAAUCGCCAUUUACUCAAAAAGCUGAAUCAAUGUUAAAAAUUUGUACAGUUACAUUGGAUUCUUAUGGCGAGAGUCUUACAAAUAUUGAAAAUAGCAUUGCAUUGGUACAAAAGCGAGCAAUGGAACAAGCUGAUAUUGAUUCAUCUUGGUUAGGACCAGAUGAAGACAAUUAUACAAUUGCAGAACCUGAUUUUCAUGGGAGCCAACCAAGUUCUCCGGAAAAUAUUUUUGAUAAAUCUCAUUUGGACGAUUAUAAUUUCGUCGAUGUCGAAGGAGACAUUGAAGGAGAAGUUGCUGGACCAUCGAAGAAAAAAGAUCUUCUCGAAGAAGAUCUACAGUGUUCAAGUGAAGAUGAAUUUGACGAAGUACCAUUUAUUGGUGAAGAACCAACAGAUCACGUGGAAAUGGAUAAUUUACAAUUUGAAGAAAAUCGUGAUAUGAAGGUGAAUUAUCAAGGACUCGAUAGAAUUGAAUCGCCAAUGAGUGAAAUGAGAGAUAUUGAAAUGCCGGCAGACGAUGACAGUCAACAGGCAGCGGAGGCAAUGGUCCAAUUAGGAAAUGUAGGAUUUUAUACUGGAGAACAACAACCUAUUCUUCAGCAAGAUGAAAGUAUGGACGUUGAUCCAAAUUACGAUCCAUCAGAUUUCUUAUUAGCUGGUCUACCAGCGAGGGAAAAGAAAGAAGAAAGUAAAAUUCAAGACGAUUUAGCAGUAUCGGAAUCAGAAGAUGAAAUUGAAACAAAAGAUGAGCCUAUUCUUGAGAAAAAAGAACUGCCAUCAAAUGAAGAAGAUGGAGAGGAUAUAUGGUUUUAGUUCAUUUGUUACCAUCUCCGCUUAUUUGUACAUAAAUUAGUUUUUAAAUUAUUUCUUCUCUUUGGAAAUUUAUCUUCAAUUAUUAUAGACAGUAAAUUAAUUAAUAAUCGUUUCAAUUAUUAUUAUAAAUAAUUAUUAUAAUAAAUAAUAAUGACGAUUGUUAUUAUAAAAGAUAAGUAAAUAAACUCACCGUUUUGUUGAAAAUAAAUAUUUUUCACUUUAAAGACA